AUGUUCUAUUGCACAGUGAAAGAUUAGGAGAUGGUAUUUAAAUAAGGAGAUAAGGGAAGUUCAUAUUUUUUGAUUGAAAGAGGUUAAUGCUAAAUAAUAAUAAAUAAUGAUGUAAAGAAAACCUUAAAAUCUGGAGAAGCAUUUGGUGAAUUGGCGUUAUUGUACAACGCUCCAAGAUCUGCAUCGGUGAAAGCUAUAGGAGAUUGUGCCUUUUGGGCCAUAGAUAGAAACACAGUGAGAAAGGUAAUAGAGGAAAUCUCUUUGAAGGAUUAUGAAUAAAACAAGGAAUUUAUACAGAAAGUCCAAUUUUUCGAGUCACUUACUGAUGAUUAAAGAACUGCGAUUACAUCUGUUCUGAUAACACUAAAUUUUAAGGCUGGUGAGAUAAUUGUGAAUGAAGGAGAUUAAGCAGAUUCCUUUUUUAUUAUAAAGAAAGGAGAGAUUGAGAUUUCUAAAGGAGGCAAAUAAUUGAGAAUCAUGCAAUAAGGAGACUCUCUGGGGGAAUAAGCCUUGUAGAGUAAUUCUGUUAGAGGGGCAACAGCCAAAGCACAUAAGGAUGUCAUUCUAUUGGCAUUGUCAAGAGAUGAUUUGACAAGAAUUUUGGGAGAUAAAAUAUAGACUAUUAUGUUCUUGAAUUUAUAAAGAUGGGCAUUUGAACGCCAUCCUAUAUUGAAAUAACUUACUAAACUAUAAGUAGAAAGGAUAGUAAGCACUAUGGAAUAAAAAUAAUAUAAGGAAGGAGAAGUGAUUAUAGAGAAAGGUUAAUAAUGUACUCAUUUGAUCGUUGUUCUAAUGGCCAGUUUAUAGUAUGGAUAACAAUCUAUAGAAAAAGGGUAAAUGUUUGGUGACAAGUUUUUGGAAUAACAAAACUAAAUCUUAAAUGAUUCUUUGAUAAUGAAAUCAGAUGGAUUGAUAAGUCAAAUAUAAAUUAAAGUCUUUUUUGAAAUUAUUGGUGGUACUUUAGAAUAAAUCUUUUUAAAAAACGAGAAGGCGCAUGAUAGAUUUAUUAAAAAGGAAGAGGGAUAAAAAAAGGAUCAGUAUGAUCAUUUUAAAUUAGAAGAAUUAAUCUCAAUAAAGAAACUAGGACAAGGAUAAUUUGGUAAUGUCUAUCUGGUUCAUAAUAAAUCUGAUAAGAAAAAUUAUGCACUCAAAUGCAUAUCUAAGGCUCAGAUAAUAGAGUAAAAUUUGGAAAAGCAUUUGGCCUAGGAGAAAUCAACAUUGCAGACAGCCAACUUUCCACUCAUUAUGCAUUUCGUUAAGAGCUUUUAGGACAAAAACUACAUCUAUUUUUUAGAAGAAUAUAUUAAAGGAAUGGAGCUGUUUGAUGUAAUCAGAGAAAUUGGACUCUUAAAUACUUAUGAUUCUCAAUUUUACAUAGGAUCUUUGAUCUUAUGUAUGGAAUAUCUUCAUCUCAAUAACAUUAUUUAUAGAGAUAUUAAACCAGAAAAUAUUAUGGUUGAUGAUAAAGGAUUUAUGAAGUUGAUUGAUUUAGGAACUGCUAAAAAUCUUAAAAAUAAGAAUGGUAGAACAUAUACUAUUAUUGGAACUCCUCAUUAUAUGGCUCCAGAAAUAUUGUCUGGAAAAGGAUACACAUAUUCCGUUGAUUUAUGGUCUAUAGGGAUAUGCUUGUAUGAGUUUAUGUGUGGUAAUGUACCCUAUGCAGAAGAUGCAGAAGAUCCAUACGAUAUUUAUGAGGAAAUCCAAAAAAAAGCCUUGAACUUCCCUUCUGUCCUCAAAGAUCGCAAGGCUAAGAAGUUAAUCGAAUAACUCUUAAGCAAAACUCCUGAAUUAAGAUUAGGAUCAUCAUAUGCAAGCUUAAAAAACAAUUAAUUUUUUGAACACUUUGAUUAUGAUUCAUUAAUGAACAGAGAUUUAAAGCCUCCAUAUCUCCCACCUAAAAGUAAACUUUAGAGUGACAAAGAAAUCUAAAAAGCCAUCUAGGCUGGCAAACUCAUUACUGAAGAAAUUAAAACUGAUCCUACAACAACCAAUAACAUUUAUAAACCAGAAAAAGCAAGAGAUCCUAAUUGGGAUAAAGAUUAUUGA